AUGUGUGGAAACAGUAACCGUCCAGCGGUUGGAGGCACUAUUGCCGUCCUUUUCCCUCCAAUGAACAGCCGGUCUUCGAGUCCCGAGUCAUCGCUCUCUUCGUCUCCAGACUCGAUAAUGUCUUCCACGUCGAUGUCUUCAUAUUCACUCUUCUUUCGAGAAUCGGAGGCAGACAGCCGCACGAAAGCCAUUUUCCGAAUCGAUGAUGCAGAGACCUACAAUGCCUUGCGUGCAUUUCGACAAGUAGAUAUGCGCAUUGAGAAAUAUGGUGACUUGUCUAUAGGACAGCCAGCUGCUCCUCCCUUGCACCAAUUCCGUCUAGACUUAGCGAAACAAACUCCUCGAAGUUUCCAAACAGACGUGAUCAUCGAGCUACCAGAGAGGCUGGACCUCGGGGUCUCGGAGAAGGGAGUUGUUGGGCGACAGAUUACAAUGACCGAGACGGAUGGAUCUGUCCUGGGAGUCGGAAUCGUGGGAUACAACUGA